AAAAAAAAAAAUUUCAUCGCCAUUUCAUCUUUUCAUUCAUUCAUACACUGAACAUGGACGACAGCGAUUAUCUAACAGCUGGAUGGCGCUAUUGACCAAUCGGAAUUGACAGAACGCGCGUAAUAAUCUUAAUUAGUGUUAAUUCCCGCAUUUACUAAUGCAUUUUAAUGCAUUUUUAAGUCAUAUUCUAAAAUCGAAUAUAUAAACGAUAGUAUAACUUAGUAUUAACCUACAUAAAUAAAUGCUGAAAAAGUUGUUCAUUAGUUCAUAGUGCAAAUGCAUAGAUCAUGCAUAGCCUACAUAAACUUUCCAAACUGUAAUUUUUGGCCUGCUUUAAAAAUGAAGAGCAAUGCUAUAUGACGACUAUAUUUACCAGAAAACAGCCCAACAGGCCAAGUCGAACAUUUUUGAUAGCCUACACCACCUGUUUAGGCGUUUGUUUACCUUACACUGCUAAGGUGGUUAACCAUUACCUACUUUACCGUGUUUUCUUAUGGAUCCGUGAUACGAACAGGACAUUACAGUCUGAAAUGCAGAAUGAAGAAGUGUUGUCUGAGAUGAGUACCUUCAUGACCUCCUUUCACUGAAAGUAGCUUUGGUUGUUUUUAUCAUGACAGAGUGGAGCACACCACACUUGAAAGUCAUUCUUAUCGGAAACUCUGGAGUGGGAAAGUCUUCAUUUAUGACCCGGUUUGUCCACCAUCGCUUUACUAAAUUGUAUCGUGCCACAAUCGGGGUAGAUUUUCUUACUAAAGAAAUCACUAUUGAUAAAAGAUCAGUGAUUCUUCAGAUCUGGGACACUGCAGGAACAGAGAGGUUUCAUUCUCUGGGUACCACACUGUAUCGUGGAGCUCACUGCUGCCUCCUAGUGUUUGAUGUUACCUCGUCCGUCUCCUUUGAUGCACUAGAUGUCUGGAAGAAAGAGUUCCUGGUGCAGGCAUGUCCCUCGGACCCCUCUGCAUUCCCUUUCAUAGUGCUCGGCAAUAAAAUUGACUUGGAUUAUCGUGAGGCUUUGACUGACAGGUGUCCCCAAGCAAAGCCCAGCAGUGGUGCAGUGAAAUCGGAGCUGAAUAUUUGGAAUGUAGUGCCAAGGAAGACAUUGGCGUGGACACGACUUUUCACAGUGCGGCACGAGCGGCCCUGCAGUAUCUCAUAAGUCACCAUGUGGAAAAUGGAGAAGACAUCCAGAUUACACAGAAACAACAGGAGAAGCCGCCAAAUAAAAAAUGCUAUUGUUGAGGCAAGGACAAACGCCUGUGCUACUCUUCAUUGUUAAGGGCCAUUCACAGAAAGGAUGAUAAUUAUGACAACUAUAACUAUAAAUGUUCUAUUUCUGAGAAAAAUGACUACACAGAAGAACAGUAUCUUUGGAAUCGCUUUCGAAACUGAUUCUUUUUCCAGCUGAUGAAUGAUAAAAAAUAUGGAGUCAAUCAGAAUCCACUCAACUUUAAAGAACUUAUUUAAAGUGGCAGGUGACAACUGCAGUGCAUGAUUAUAAUAAACAGAAUGUUGUCCAUUGGUGUGGAUGUUAAUAUAGUUAUUGUUUUCAGUGUGAAUAGGCCUUUAAUCUAUGGAAUCGUGUCAGCGAAAUUACUGAAAAAAAUGGAACAUCCUGAUAAUAUUUACACAUUUUAAAACACACUAUUGAUGAAAAUACAAGGAAAAUGACACCACAACAGUAUGUAUAUGAUAGCUUCACCAAGUUAAGAAUUUCAAGUCGCUAAGACUUCUUCGCAUUUUUGUGAAAUGUUUAAACAUAAAAUGUUUCUCAUAAAAUUUCUAGUUGACUAAAAUGCUAUUUUCAUUUACUAAAAUUAGCCAUUUUAGUUUGUGUGGAACUAAAAUGAAUUUAAAGGAUAUUUUUAAUAAAAUAAAAAAUAAACACUGAUCUUGAUUAAUGUAUGUGUAAAAAGACAUGAAAAUAAAA